AGCCUGCAGACUGAUUCCGGAGAGCGCUCAAGGGGAGGUAGACGGGAGAGGAGGCCUCGCGUGGGUCGGCACCGGCGCGUCGGGCGUGGUACUGAUCGGGGACGCUCAUCGGUUCGGCAACGGCUUCGGCUUCGGCCGCCUUCGGCUCUGCCUUCGGUUCGUGCUCGUGGGUGUUCAACUGUUCCUGCUCGCGCUCGCUAGUGCCAUUGUCGGCCAUUAUUAGGCAUUCAACUUCUCGUGGUUCUAGCCGCUGGUUCUUGACCAUUACCUUUCGCCUCGUGUCGCCUGUGUACUUGUGGUUCGAAAUGGAUUAUUGUGCUCCAUCAGACGUCCAAUGGGAUGCUCUUUUUAAUUAUAUUGCUAAUGACCCCGAAAUGCUGUCAGGGGUUACGGUCCAUCCUGGUGGAAAAGUGAGGAUGCAACGGAAAUGGGACAGUCUUGCAAUUAUUGUCAAUGAUGCAGACAAAGAUUCAGCACAAAAGACUGGGAAACAGUGGAAGAGUGCAUGGAAUGGCAUUAAGGGACGAGCAAGGAAGUCGUACAGGGACAAGGUACUCCCAAACCUUGUGGCCGGGCAGCCAUUUCCUGACCCAAACACUGUGGAGGGUCUUUCGGAAAAUUAUAAGCGUGUGCUCAUAAUGACCGGUGUGGAGGCUGCUAUGGCAAAUGUGGUCCUUCCUCAGGUGGCUGUGGAAAAUGUAGAUGAGCCGGAUGUUGCUCCAUUGCCUGAACCUGAAGAUGCAGUAAAUCAACCUGCUGCUCCCCUCAUGUUACCUGCACCUCAAGAUGCAGUGAAUGCAGCUGCACCCCUUGUGUUGCCUGCACCUCAAGAUGCAGUGAAUGCAGCUGCACCCCACGUGUUGCCUGCACCCCUUGUGUUGCCUGCACCUCAAGAUGCAGUGAAUGCAGCUGCACCCAUCGUGUUGCCUGCACCCCUUGUGUUGCCUGCACCUCAAGAGGCAGUGAAUGCAGCUGCACCCCUCGUGUUGCCUGUUGCUGUUGAAUUUGAUGCACCCCUGGAGUUUCUUGUGGAUGGCAAUGAUAUUGGGCAUUGGUCGCCCCUUAAUGAUGACCAGUGGAUUGGAGCGUCCCUGUUUGUGAAAGAGGAGGCAGAGGAGGACCUACUCGGUGCUGCAGCUCUGCCGCGUUUGAAGCAGGAGGUGAAAGGAGAGGCCAGUGAAAUAAUAUAUCUCACCGAUUCUGAUGAUGACUCCAAGCAGCAGACUUAUGCCGCAGUGAAACAAGAGGACAGUGAUGAUGUUGUCACCUUAAGUGAUAGUCCUUAUCAACAGAUGUACCAUACUCCGCCCAGAUCCUCUGGGCUAACACCGGCAGCGAAGCGCAGGCUGCAAAGGAAUGCUGGUGUAGUCUCCCCGAUGCAAUAUGAGACUCAGCCUGAGCCUGAUGCCGACACGGAUGAUUUAAAGGCCAUUAUCCGAGCCAACACCCUUGUUAUGAGAGAACUUAUUGGUUUAGUACGUAAUCUAAAGAUGACUCGUUAAAAAGGUUUGCAGUUUGCAAUUUUUUUUCUAUCAGCACACACUUAUAGAGAUGACAUCUACAAGUGCAGCUGCUGAUGGGUUUUGUGUUCUUAUGCAACUUAUUGAUGUAAGGUUGUCAUACUUUAUUUUUUAUUGACCUUAGAAACAGUUACUGUUUAAUCAUUGACGAAAGGUUUAUUUUUUGUGGCAAUUUUGAAUAAUUUUUGAAUCUUAUUGAGGACUGAUUACAUUUACUUAAAAUAUGUUGUUACUAGGUAUAAUGUCAAUCAUUGCAUUGUUUUAUUGACCAUAUCUUAUCCUUUUUUAGUCUUGAAUUUGGUGCUACUUUUAUUCUAUUUAUAGAUAGUUGCUCGUACUGUUGUCAACUUGACUGAAUUCUUCCCUUCUGUUCCUCUUUUGAAUUUGUGAUUAUGAUUGAGACUGAUUAAAAAGCACAUCAUUCAAGAACUGAUAAAAUUCUUAUUAGACAUCCUCACCCUUGAUGUACAUUUGACAAUGAGUCCUGCUGCUUGCUGAAGAGGUCAGAGAACUUACUUUCACAUAAGAGAUUCCGACAUGAUUGCAUUGUCUGUCAUUAAAGUACAAGUAAUAAAAAAUUAAAGUAAAGAAAAAAGAAAAUUUAACAUU